GUUUGGAAUAUUGUCAUCAGUGCUCGCUAAAGCUUUUGCCUUCAACUGUUCGUUGUGCCAGAGAGGGGGCAGCAAAAAUAAUUGCGCGAUUAAUACGAGAGAGUAUGCGUCGUUAAUACAAUACAUGUACUUCGCUAAAUACCAUCUGCACUAAUAAUGUAUUUUAAUACGUAUAGAUGGCAAUGACAUGUGAGCUCGCUGACCACAGCCGAAAUAUACCGCGAAAAGUUCUUUUAUUCACCGCGUGAUGUCGCUAAAGUUCAGUUUAGCCGAGUAGCUUUUGAGCAUUCCGUGCCUCCCCACCCCCCGACACCAAAGUUAAAACUUCCUCUUACAGUCUUACUGCAAUACAAUGAUCGCGUCCACUUUUGGGGUGGGAGAGUGGUACGUCCAUGGUAUUUCGUGGUAAUGUUUGUGGCCGUCUGGUCACUUGGUAGUGGGGAGAGGGAUUUGGAUUCUGACAGAUGCCUAGUGUCAGUGGCUACUGAGAGUUAAUUCCCCGUAAAUAGUAGAAGGUUUUUUGUUGUGAUGACGGUUAUGGCAGUAUCUAUCAGUGAAAUUUGUGAGAACACCAAACUGGCUCGUGAAAUGGCCCUAAUGGGGAACUAUGAAUCAGCAAAUGUGUACUACCAAGGUGUCAUUCAGCAGAUUCAUAGGUUACUGCUCACAAUAGCUGAUCCCACAAGAAAAGGAAAAUGGCAGUCUGUUCAACGUCAAAUUAAUCAAGAAUUUGAACAUGUGAAAGCAAUGAUGAAUACAUUGCAACUGUUUAAAGUGGAUUCCCAUCCUGAUAAACCUGUUGGCUUUUCAUUAGCUCGUUUUGAAGAGCCUACACGUGACCCACAAUUGUGUUAUGGUGCAGCAUCUCAUGACCCAGAUGUGUGGCCACCACCACCUCCACGAGAAGAUGUGAACUGGCCCUUGCCCACUUCUGCUGAACACAAGUCAAUUCCACAUGUCAAACCUCUGCGUAGUCUGCAGAAGAAAGAUACCAAACCAGCAGCACGUAAUCAGCGUUCCACAAAUAGCAAUGCUACUAUAAACUCAAGGCGAGUAGUUGAUUCUAAACAAACAAAGAAACAGGAAGAUCGAACCAAGCAAACUAAACGUCCAGAAGAAAAGAAGGAAGAAAAGGAGAAAGCAGACAAGGAGAAGGAGGAUGAACCUGAAGAAGAAGAGAAGAGAUUUGAGGGAUCAGGAUAUGAUAGAGAUUUGAUUGAUAUGUUAGAAAGAGAUAUUGUCCAAAAGAAUCCCAACAUUCAUUGGGAUGAUAUUGCUGAUUUGCACGAAGCAAAGAGAUUACUUGAAGAAGCUGUGGUAUUGCCCAUGUGGAUGCCAGACUUUUUUAAGGGUAUUCGCCGACCAUGGAAAGGCGUAUUAAUGGUUGGCCCUCCAGGAACAGGCAAAACAAUGUUGGCAAAAGCAGUAGCUACAGAAUGCUGUACUACAUUUUUUAAUGUGUCAUCUUCAACACUUACUUCAAAGUACCGAGGGGAGUCGGAGAAACUUGUGAGGCUUCUAUUUGAAAUGGCAAGAUUCUAUGCUCCAAGUACAAUAUUUAUAGAUGAAAUUGACUCUCUCUGCUCUCGAAGAGGUUCUGAAUCGGAACAUGAAGCUUCUCGAAGAGUUAAGUCAGAGCUUUUAGUGCAGAUGGAUGGCAUCAGUUCGAACAGCGAGGAUCCUGGAAAAAUUGUAAUGGUUUUAGCUGCCACAAACUUUCCGUGGGAUAUUGAUGAAGCUUUAAGACGCCGUUUGGAGAAACGUAUUUACAUUCCUUUACCAAAUAGUGAUGGAAGGGAGGCUUUAUUGAGAAUUAAUCUUCGUGAAGUUAAAUUAGACCCUGAUGUAGAUUUGAAGGAAGUUGCUGCAAGAUUAAAAGGUUAUUCUGGAGCUGACAUCACAAAUGUUUGCAGAGAUGCAUCCAUGAUGUCAAUGCGAAGAAAAAUUGCGGGAUUGAGGCCUGAUCAGAUCAAACAGUUACCAAAAGAAGAAUUGGAUUUGCCAGUGUCAGUGCUGGAUUUUGAAGAAGCACUGGCAAAGUGUAACAAAAGUGUCUCUAAAGAAGAUUUAGAGAAAUAUGAGAAAUGGAUGAAUGAAUAUGGAUCUACUUGAUAAUUCUUUAAUUUAAAGCUGGAGCACUUUCUUCAAAUUGCUCACUGCAGAAAUGCCUGUUAAUUCAGUCACUAGUUUGGGGGAUAAAGGCUUGGACAGUAUUUUGAAGUUAAAUGUUGAAUAUACAUUGUUAAAACAAAGUGUCAUGACCAUUCAAUGGAAAGCACUUUCCUAAAUGAUAAUAUUCAUUUAUAGUAGCACUUUAAAUGAGGUGGCCUUGCCAUCUAUUAUUCCAAAUGUAUAAUCAUACAAAUAAUUUUCAGUAGUCUCCCAUGUCACAAAAUCUUAAAAAAUUUACCAACAAAGUGACCUCUUUUCUUUUUGAGCAAUAACUCUAGUGUCCUAAUGUUUUCUUAAUGUCUUAUAAUUUUUGACCAAUUUAUUUACAAAUUAUGUUAACACAUCAUGUUGACAAAUAACAGUAUCAGUUCUCUAAUUUUAUUUGGGGCUCUGUGAUGCAUCAUUGUUUCAGUGACCCUUUUGCAGAUAUUUUUUAAAAUGUAUUGCAUUUAUCAAUUAACAGUUGUUAAAUCCUGAAAUACAAUAUUUGUAACAUUCAGAUCAUAAUAAAGAAUAUUAAAUUAUUACA